CUUUGCUACGCGCACGUGAGCUCUGUAGGUUUAUAAACGAUUCACGCGUUCCAGAUUUGAACCGAACUUUUCUUUUUUUUUAGUAUCAAAUGCUCUAAUAAGUUAUGUUAUGGAUUAUGCAUUGUGUAUGUAUUAUGAUUAAUAAUAAGGAUUAAAUAUUAUUGCCUUAAUUUGAAGAGUGUUGUGAAAAUUAGAUAAGACCCGAAAGGACGGGAAAUUUCAUCGCUUCUUUAGAGAUCCAUAAUGACUGUAAAGAAGUCGAACCGAUGCGGAGGGUGGGCUGCAAUAGCAGCUCGUCACAAACUACAUAGCUCCAGCCAUCAGCUGGAACUACACACGAUCAAACAACCCAACCAAGAAGAUUACAAUAUAAUUGUUGGAUUCAACGAAAAAGACCAACUCCAACUGACGCACAAACAGACAAAGGAAGAUAACGAUGACGAUAAACUCAAAAAUAAUUACAAUAAGACAAUCAAGUAUGAAAACAUCGCAAUCGACGAUAUCACCAACUGUGUCAACAUUGAAAAUUAUCCCACUUGUGAAAACACUCUAGUCUUCUAUGUAACAAAAAACCUUCAUAUCGAAGCAAUAGCGUUGAAAUUCGAAAACGAACAGGACUUCAAGAGGAUAUAUUUUACGUAUAAAUAUUUUAAAAUGCGCAACAGAUUAACAAAAACAUCAAGUUAUUCAUACGAUAAUUUAUUUUCCAAAAAGAAAACUGAUCUCUUUAGCAAUAGAAAAAAUAGUAUUGAUGAUUAUAGUUUGUUUGACAAAGGAAACUCUGAAUACGAUUUAAUGCAGAAAGACUAUGAUGGAAUAACGCACUUAUCUGUGCAACAUAAGGGUUCUCGGUUCGACCAACCUAUGAGUCUAAUUGGAAUAAGAAAUGAAGAUAUUGGUGAAAUAGACAGCAUUAUACAUACUGAUAUUGAUAUAACUACGAAGCCCCAGAAAAAGAAAUUGUUUAACAAAAAACAGAAGGCGCCUUCUCCACCAUUACUACCAAGUAAGGAUUCACCAAAGGUAUUGAAAGGUGAAUACGUCAGAGUCAGCGUAGAAAGAUCCCCCGAUGUAGUUCCUAAAGACUAUAAACAGAAUAAAAUACCAGACAUUCUUAUGUUUAGAGAAAAAUCAAAGAAGCCUGCUAGCAACUUGUGGACGAGCAAUAAAGGUGAGCAAGUUUUUUUAUGA